AUGGCAGGUGUGACUUUUUCGGCAGGUUGCUUCAGGCGGCUCUGUGCCCUUGUCACGGUGCUCGGGGCCGUCCAACUGCUCUUGGCCUUAGUCUACAUCCUGUACACCAAGGAGACCUUGUCGUUUAUGCCAUUUAUCAACAUGGCACUGUUAAACAUCACCAGGCUGCCAGAAAACAGGAGCAUGGACAACAUGCCGUCAGAAACAGUUACAUACACACCCAGCGCGUCAAUGGAGAAGAGCUUGAUUUGUCCGGAAACUCCUCCACAUUUGGUUGGUCCGUUGAGCAUAAAUUUCACACACCCAAUAAGUUUAGAGGCGGUGCAGAAAAACAAUCCUGAUGUCGAGGAAGGGGGUCACUGGAGGCCCAGAGACUGCAUCGCCCGGCAGAAGGUGGCCAUCAUCAUCCCCUUCAGAGACCGUGAGUCCCACCUCAGGUACUGGCUCCACUACCUCCACCCCAUCCUGCAGAGACAGCAGCAGGAAUACGGCGUCUACGUCAUCAACCAGUAUGGAGAAACAACAUUCAACCGGGGCAAGCUGUCGAACGUGGGCUUUGUGGAAGCCAAGAAACAGUUUGACUAUGAGUGCUUCGUCUUCAGUGACGUGGACAUCGUCCCCAUGGACGACCGAAACUUCUACAAGUGCUACAGUCAACCCAGGCACCUUUCUGUGGCCUUGGACAAGUUUGAGUUUCAGCUGCCAUACGCUCAGAUCUUCGGCGGUGUGACGGCAAUGAGCCUGGAGCAGUUCACGAAGAUCAACGGCUACCCCAACAACUACUGGGGCUGGGGAGGAGAAGACGAUGAUGUCUACCAAAGGCUCUCCAUGAGGGGCAUGUCCAUCUCCAGGCCUGAUAGCCAAACAGGAAGAUGCCGUAUGAUCAAACACCAGAGGGACACUCACAACGAACUCAACCCAAAGAGGUUAGACAACUUAAGACACACUAGACAAACCAUCAACAGUGACGGUCUCAAUUCCCUGCAGUACCGCAUUGUGAGUGUCGAGAAGAACCCGCUCUACACAAACGUGACAGUGGACAUCGGCAGGCCAUGA